UGUGGGAGGCUUGUAACAAACAUGCAGAGUGCAGAACAGACAGCGAGAGAGAUUCCUGUACUGCAGAAAAUUAUGAAUGCUAAGUUGAUAACUGAAUCAGAGAAUCUGCAGUAAGUGAUGAGCAGGAAGAUACAGUGUGAGUCUGUGUCACUGCUCUCGCCCAUCACAGCCUUGCAGUUUAUGGGAGACAUUCUUCUGUCAGGUGAAGGAGCCAGUGUAAACCUUUACACUUUGAAUUCAGCAAAUGGCUAUGAGAGAAAGCUUUCUUGCAGUGUGCUUCAAAACUACUGUGUUCAUGGCAUCAAGCCAUGGCCCCUACAGAUGCAAACAAGCAGCUCACGGCUGGCAGUAUUUGGCGCAAAAGGCCUCAUUGUGCUUGAGCUUGAAGUGUGUGCCAACAGGCCAAAGCUGCAGAGGCUGGGACGGCUUCACGAAUUGCAUGACUGGAUUUGGGACCUUCAGUGGCUAAAGAGUGACUGUGAAUUGGACUUGUAUUUUGCUCUAGCUCUUGGGCACAACUCUGUGGUUCUGUGUGACUACAAGGCAGGAAGGACCUUGCGCGAAGUGCACUGCAAUGUCAAGUGCAUCCUGUAUUCUGCUUGCUUUGUGGGUCACAGUUGGGACGAACUAGUUUUGAUUUCUGGAACUGUCUUUAACCAACUUGUGCUGUGGCGAAUGGAGGGUCCCACUAAUGAGGAUGGUAGGGUGCGAACAGAAAGAUGCAUUAGCGGGCACAGUGGAGUCAUUUUCAGCAUUCAUUACUUGGAGAAAAAUGGUGUUCUAGCUUCAGCCUCAGAUGAUAGAAGCAUAAGACUCUGGAAAGUUGGGAACUUGUGCCAGCCUCUGAAGGUUGGUGAUGGUGGGGUAGAUUCUGUACAGUGCCUUCUACAGUUAUAUGGGCACCAGUCCAGGGUCUGGUCUGUACGGCUCCUGGAAAAUUGUAUUAUCAGCAUCGGGGAAGAUUCUACUUGCAUUGUGUGGAGCUACAACGGAGAGAUCAUUGACUGUUUUAAAGGACACAAAGGGAGGAGUGUGAGAGCACUGGCUGUUAAUGAAGAGAGGGGCUGGUUGGUCACUGGAGGAGCAGAUUCGGGAAUCAGGUUGUGGAAAAUUCAGAGGGAAAAAGCAGAAGGCGUGGCUGUGACUCAACUCAAAUUUGAUGAAAUUGGGAAAACAGGGACGCCGAAAGCUUUGACAUUGGUUGACCCAACUCUUCUCUUGGUCAUGACUGAUGCUGGAAGUAUCUACAGCUAUUGCCUGGUCUCUGGUCAAUGGGAACUCAUCAUGGAGGAUGCAAGUUACCAGUCGUACAGCUUGUUAGCAGUCAGAAGGCAAGACGGCGGCUGUGUUAUUUGUGCAGUUGGGAAUAUCGACGGCUGGCUUAAAAUAUUCACCCUUUCUGAACCUGCGGAGUUGGUGGAGAAUCAGGUGCACCAAGGGAAAGUCCACAGUCUAGGCUGGGCCUCCCAAGAAUGGCAGAGUCCAGACAAGUGCCACCUUUUUUCCUCAGGUGCUGAUGGCAUCAUGAUCUGGUGGGUGGUUUCCUGCAAGGGGGACCGUGUGGCCUCUGUGGCAGAGAAAUGCCGUUACCUCCUGCCGUUGUGCAAGCACAGGUGGCACACGAGCGUGGCGUUCCUGCCUGAGCCCCACCUUCUGGUUUGUGGAGACCGCCGUGGCUCUUUGCUACUGUACUCAUGCACUGGGAGAGACCAGGACAAGCAGCAAAGGCUCAACAAAGGGAGCGUGGGUGCGGCGGUCUCGAAAGACACAGAAGAAAGAUUUGCCCUCCGACAUGGUUCAGCUGAGAUCACCGGCCAGCUUGACUGUGAGGAGCCACUUUCCAUUUUGCCGGGACUGCACGGAAAAUUGGGCGUGACGUCAGUUCUGUUUCACGAUGGUUUUGUGUACAGCACUGGACGGGAUGGCUACUAUCGUCAGCUUACCAUCGAAGACGCAAAGCUAAAAUUGCUGAGGAGUCAGAGAACCUGCAAGGGGAUGGAGUGGAUCGAACGACUGCUCGUGACGCCUGAGGGUGUCCUCCUCCUGCUUGGCUUCCAUUCCACCAACUUUGUCCUGUGGAAUGCCAAGACCAGCGAGAAGGUACUUUGUAUCCCCUGUGGCGGUGGUCACAGGUCAUGGAGCUACUGCAGUUCCCCAGCCAGUCAACUCUUUGCUUACAUCAAGUCAGGCAACAUCUUCAUCUGCCAAAGCAACUCAGGCGACUGCUCCCGGACAGUCAUUAAGGAAUGCAUGCACGGCCGUGAACUUACCUGUGUGAAGUUCAUCAAAAGGCUCAGCUCAUCAGCUGAUGGACCCAUAAGUAUUGUGGCUACAGGCAGCGAGGACACCACGGUGAAUAUUUUAGCCGUUUAUGAAAGCUCAGGCCAUGUGUCCAAGCUGACAACGGUUGAUGACCACAUCUCCAGUGUGAGGACCAUAGCUGUCGCUGGAAGCUCCCGAGCUGAUAAUCGCUGCAGCUCCAUGCCUGUGUUAUUCUCUGCUGGCGGCAGAGCUGAGCUGCAUUCUUACCGCCUCCUUAUUCAACAUGUCGAUGCUGGUGCACUUCUCAGCUGUCAAGUGGAGCAUCUGGCUUCUCACAGGUUGGCUGAAGACUGGGAACAUAAGAAGAACAGGCACAAGAUGCUAAAGAUGGAUCCCGAGACUAGGUACAUGUCCAUUGUGGUGGUGGAUGCUGGGAUGAAUUUCGGGACAGCCUCCAUCUCCUUUCGUCAUUUCCUGGCUGCAGCCUGCAGCGAUGGAUCCAUGAGGCUCUUUCUUGUUGAUGAGUGCAAGAGGAAGAUCAUUCUCCUUGCUGAAUCUUUCUACCAUCAGCGGUGUGUGCUAAAGCUGCAGACCUUCACAUUUCAGCCAACCACAAGAGGGCACAGGGUCUUUCUGUGCAGUGCAGCCACUGAUGGGAGAAUAGCAUUGUGGGAUAUCUCAGGAACCAUUGAGAAAGCCAACAUGGCAACUACUCUGUCAGAAGGAACCUGUCAGCCUUGGGUGCUGGAGGUCCCUUGUCUGGUGUUAAACGCCCAUCAGUGUGGAGUGAAUGGACUUCAUGUCAGAUCCCUGGAUCCUGGACGCUACCUGUUAGUCAGUGGUGGCGAUGAUAAUGCCAUCCGUGUCUGGACGAUUUCUGUGGGAGCAGCUGCCAGCAAGGAUGUUGCAGCGAGUGUUGGGGUCUCGGAAGGACAGUAUGUCAACGCAGGAUUUUCCAUGCAGGUGACAGAGGGACCGCGAGUUGACAGUGCGCACGCUGCACAUGUGACUGGAGUGAAGAUCCUGAGCUCAAGGCUGCUGGCCUCCGUCUCCAUCGACCAGCGACUGACGCACUGGGAGCUGAGCGACCGUGGACUGCAUUUCCUGGACAGCGUGUGCUGUCAUGUGGCAGACGUCGCUGACCUGGAGAACUGGGAGGGUGCCAGCUCAGAGACUCAUCUUUAUGCCCUGUGUGGGCACGGGCUGCAGAUCCUGAGGUAUCAGUAGGUGGAGCAAAACAGCCUUGUGACACAAAUGCCAGUACAGCAGAUGCUGGAAACUGGAAGCAGAAAGAGGAAUUGUUAGAAACAUCUAGCAUUUCAGGCAGCAUGUACAAAGAGACAGAACUGGAGUCAAUGUUUUAGAUCAAUGAACUGUCAUGUGAACUGGAAAAAGUUGGAGAUUGAGUACUUCAUAAUCAACUUGAGCUGCUUUUUUGCAAAUUCAGAUUAGGAACAGCAGUAGGCCAAGUGUUGCUCU